AUUUGGACGUGCAGUUGUGUGCGAUAAUGAAGAUGACGAUGAUGAUGAUCGUAGUCUUGGCCUUGCUUGGGCUCUGCUCAGCAGAGGAGGGAGCACGAUUGUUGGCUUCCAAGUCCCUGCUGAACCGUUACGCUGUGGAGGGCCGGGAUCUGACCCUGCAGUACAACAUCUACAACGUGGGCUCCAGUGCCGCCCUGGAGGUUGAGCUGUCAGAUGACUCGUUUCCCCCUGAAGACUUUGGAAUUGUUUCGGGAAUGUUGAAUGUGAAGUGGGACAGAAUUGCACCUGCUAGCAAUGUGUCUCACACGGUAGUACUGCGCCCCCUGAAGGCAGGGUACUUCAAUUUCACCUCUGCAUCUGUCAGCUACCUGUCCCAGGAGGGAGGCCAAGUGGUGGUGGGCUUCACCAGUGCACCGGGUCAGGGAGGCAUCCUGGCCCAGAAGGAGUUUGACCGUCGCUUCUCUCCACAUUACCUAGACUGGGCGGCAUUCGGUGUGAUGACCCUGCCUUCCAUUGGCAUCCCUCUGCUCCUGUGGUACUCCAGCAAGAGAAAGUACGACUCAUCGAAGGCCAAGAAGAACUGAAGGUGUGAGCUGUAGCUUCCAGGCCCGGGGCUGGAAGUGAAGGGAGCUUCCUGUAUCAGGAGUAUCCGGGGCGCCGAUAACCCAAGAACCACGCUCUUGACAAAACAAGUCAAUCAGGCUGAUGAUGCACAACAGCGACCACCGCGGUUGUUAUAGUAACGGCUGUUGGACCUGUUCUAGAAAUGUAAGUUGGACGUAGAUUUGAUGGGUUGCACAACUGAAAUGAAAUAAAUGAAAGACACCAGACUAUUUGUAAAACUG